AUGAACCGCGAAAAUAAGAACUCUUCUAACACAUCAAUGAGCAUUUUGAAAAAAAGCAACACAGCUAAGGCGGGGGGACUAAAGGCCAACGCGAAAUUUAGGGACACUUAUAAGGAGAAAUGGAGUGCAAAGAGCGCAAAGGACAAUGGCAUCACCUCCAGAAAGAGCAGGGUUAAUCUUAUGAAGGUUGCAGCAAGUGGGAAAGUGAAUGAAGAAGAAAGUGGAGUGGUAUUAAAGAAGAAAAUGGACGAUGACAAGAAAAAAAUGGAAAAAAAUGGUGUCAAUGGGAAGUAUAACCCAGGGAAGGAAAAAAGCUACAGGAAGGUAUAUGAUGAGAAGAAAAAUGUUGAGGAUGAGCAAGGGGCAGGCAGUAGUGAACUUAGUGGAGAGGAGGAAAAGAGUAAAGCGGCAAAUAACGACGGAGAACAAAAAGACACUCGGGAAAUUAGCGUGACAAGGCGCUUAUCGAAAUUUAGCCAAGCUGCGCGAAAUGAGGGAGUAUCCCCAGAAAUGGGUAACAUGGCAGUUGGAAAGAAACAAGCUGGGAAGGAAGCGUUCGAAGGUGAGGAUGAAGCUGCAGCGGAAAAUGAAGACGCAGACGAAAAUGAGGAUGAAAGUGCAGCAAAAAAUGAAGACGCAGACGAAAAUGAGGAUGAAAGUGCACCAAAAAAUGAAGACGCAGACGAAAAUGAGGAUGAAAGUGCACCAAAAAAUGAAGACGCAGACGAAAAUGAGGAUGAAAGUGCACCAAAAAAUGAAGACGCAGACGAAAAUGAGGAUGAAAGUGCACCAAAAAAUGAAGACGCAGACGAAGGUCCGUGUCCGUUGAGCCAUAAAUUUUCGGAGCAACUGACAGAGGGAUAUCAACAGAAUGGCAACAGGGGAGUGGACGAGGAUGCACUUAAUAAUGGGGAAACAGACGAAAGUGGCAGCGAAAACUCCAAUUUGGAAAUCUCAUACGAUGCCGAUGCGGCUUCUGCCGUUUCUGUGGUUGCUUCGGUUGAUUCGGUAGAUGCUGUAGAGGAGAGCCAGGCGGACAAAGGGGAGCACAAAGACGAGGAUGUGGGGCAGGAGAAAAAAAGCAUAUACCAAAAUAUCCUAAAAAAAUUAAACAUGCAGGAAAACGAAGAGCUAGAGAGUAGCCAUAUCAUAAUCCUCGGCAAUAAGGACGUGGGGAAGUCCUCCUUAGUGAAAUCGCUACAAGAAAUUUCACUGCAAGGAGAUAAAAACGAUGGAGAAGUGUUAUACCAAAAUGGGGGUGGAGUUCUUCCACUAGAUUAUGCAUGUUUAAGUGUAAAAAAUUUAGAAGAAAAUAAAAAAUCAAAUGAAGUGAAAGGGAGUAGCCACGUGUGGAUCCUGCAGCACUCUUCAUAUGUGAGUUCAUUAAUUAAAAAUUUAAAAAAAUUUAGCGAUAUCAAGAAGGUAGUUAUUCUCAUAUGCACAGAUUUGUACAAGCCUUACAACAUCAUGUCUGACAUAAAUCAAUGGAUCGAUAUGUUGUAUGUGAUCUUUGAACACCUGCAUUCUGACUACAAUAUUGAGGUGCUCCGUGAGCUGAAGGAGAGCUUGCAGAGUUAUGUGUAUAACUAUAAAAGAGACGCAUUUGAGAAGAAAAAGCAGGGGAGAAAAUGCCAAGUUGGAGUAAACCCACGAAAUGGCACCAUUGUCGGGGAGUCACAACCCCUUAUGGAAGACUUAACCGCUGAGGGCCAAGUGCAACUACGCACAAGCAGUGCCAACAGUGAGGGAAACAAAUUCAACGUAGAACGAGACGGACUGAUAAAAAUCAACAUGUCAUUCCCAAUACUCUUUGUCAUCUGCAAAUCGGACGGGUACGAAAUUUUAAACAAUCGAACAUACCAAGGGUAUAUCGAUGUCAUCAUUGCCUACCUGAGAAACCUAGCGGUGAAUUACCAAGCAGCUAUUAUUUUCUGCAACACAGCCAAUAACAAGGAAGCCAAAAAUGUGAAGCUCCUGUACAGGUAUAUAAUGCAUCGUAUUUAUAACUUCCCCUUUAGUGACAACGCCAUUUUGGACGACUACGAAAGGGUGUUUGUGCCAUCAGGCUAUGAUGACGAGGGGUUGAUAAACCAGUCCAUACAGAAUACCUUCGUGCAAAAUUUUAAUAAGCCCUAUGACUCCAUUAUCGUGAAGCCCAUAACAAAUAAAAGCAUAGUGGAGCAUAGCCAUAAUAUUGUGUCUGAUAGUUAUUUCAACGAUUUUUUGGCGAGCCUAGCCCCGCAGGUGGAGUCGAACGGGGCCAGCGGGGCCGAUAAGGAUGGCGAUGAUAAUAAUGGCGACGGUGGCGAGAACAUUUGUCAUGGUACUCGUGAUGGCGCUCGUGAUGACAUUCGCCAUGGUGCUCGAGAUAACAACGUUAAUUGCACUGACGCUGGGGUGGACAAAAUAAAAAUCGAUGUCACCCUGAACGAAGCGACCGCCCCUAUAAACAACGGAAGCAACAACCAGAAUAGCGCAAAUAAGGAACAAAAUGAUAAAUCUUUGCACAGCUUUUUUCAAAGCCUUUUAGCAAAGGGUAGAUCCAAGUCGCCCAGCGCGCCCAGCAUAACACCGCAUGCGUUGGACAAGAAGAAAAACGUGAAUCUGCAGUGA